AAUAGAUAAAGCUUAAGGGCGUACAAUAUGAUAUUUAAUAGUUCAAUAAGAUGAGUUUGAAUAUAAAAGCACCCCAGUAUCUUACUAAGUGAUAAAUGUUAUUAUCAUUUCAACGAUUUUUUUAAUGAUAGACUCAGAUAAUAAUUUCUUUAAUUUAGUUACUUUUAUUUAUUCGAUUUUGUUUUGUGGGAUGAUGGCAUGUUCUCCAUUUAAAAUGCGUACCCGUGGACGGUGAAACAUGAAGAUCAGGAUGUCCCCUGCAGCGUCGUUUUCCAAGCGAUGGGCUCGAGAUAACCUGACCAGGGUGCCAAGCGACGACGAGCUCAAGAUCCUGGAGAUCUUCCCCUGGACCUGCGGGGGGGAUGAGGGGGAGGCGGCGAGGAGGGCCAGGAAGUACUAUAGGGCGCGGGGCCCAGGCGGCCUGAGCGACCUGUGGCAUAAUAGGCAGCCUGACGGGGAAGAUAUUCUCUCUAGCUGUCAAGAUGCGUACAUAGUGCCUCUCCGGACGAAGACUGUGGGUGACAGGCGACUCACAAUGAUCAGACUGCCGGCCCCCACGGCUAUGGACCGCCCAAUUUCUGCCAGAGCUUUGUUGGCAAGGUGGCUGAUGAUUCUGGACAUCCGGUUACGUGAAGACCCGUCUCCAUGUGAAGAAGUGGUCUUCAUCGACGUUUCAGAUCUCCAGCCGAUGCAUCUGAAGAGUCACUUCAGGAAGAGUUACUGGAAAGACUUUUACACAUGUAUGAAGACGGCUUAUCCUCGUCGUUUCGCCGAAGUCCAUGUGAUCAACGCACGUCAUCUGAAAACUAUACCACUCCUGCUCUUGCACAUAGGAUUGUACCCUUGGAAGAAGCAACGAGUACACGUGCACGGAACCGUAGGAGAUAUAAACCAUGCCAUGGGAGUCGACUAUUUUCCUAUAGAAAAUUUGCCAUUUGAGUACGGUGGACGGGCUGGGGCCAUGAAGGAUCUCAAUGAUGAAUGGACAAAGAAACUCCUGCUGAACUCAAAAUGGCUGCAAUCAGAAGAGCGUAAGUUCUACGAGACUGAGCUGAAACCGGAAAUGCGCACGCGCACGCGCCACAAGAGCGCCGUGCGCACACUCGGCGGGAACAACGAAUCCUACGACAUGUUGUCGCGUACGCAUUCCUGUCGAUCGCUGAAUAAAAUUGAAGAUAUUGACGAAGGACCCUAUGGUGCAUAUAGAACUCUGCAGUUGACUUCCGAUGGUGGAUUCUAUGUGUGAAUUGUGAAAAUAAUUUAUAUUGAUGAAAUGAACAUUAUAUGAAAAUUGUUCCUAUUAAAUAAUACUUAUUUUCGUCUGUGAAUCCCAUCAUAAUGAAGGGGGAUUUUAUCGUAACGAUGAUAAUUCAAACCAGUUUUUUUACCAAAAUGAAAUUUUUUGUCGCCAGAGAGAUCAUAUUGCAUAUCUCUCUUGUCUUGGCAAAAAUCACGUACAAGGGCCCAUUAAAUGGCCGAAUGUUUUUCAUUUUGUAACUAUAAAGUAAACAUGGCUGAUGGCCAUCCAAAUAAAAUAAAAUCAUUACAUAUCCGUUUACCCUUAUCCCACUUUAUGUGGAGUCGGUACAGCAUGUCAGCCUGUCUGUUACUUACUUUGAUUAUUUUAUUUCACUUUUAAUUUUAUCAUACUUAUUACGCAAUAAUAAGUAUAGAAUACAACAAACUGUCUUUAUACGACUAGCUUUAAUUGCCUGAAUGAAUACUUCAUAGUUUUAAAAACAAUACAGAUUUUUUUACCACAUUAAAAUAUUCAUAAAAUUUGUA